AUGACCUCCAAUGACUUUGCCCUCGCCCAGCAACGACUCGCAGCGCGCAGGCAAGCACGAGAAGCCGAAGCUCAAUCACGAAUAGUGGCGCAACAAGAAGCUUCUCGAGCGGCAGAACAGCUUCAGCGACUCCCCUACCCUCUCGGUCGACUUGGGCAUGCUGGAAUAUCGGUAUGGGAUAGCAUUCAAGGCCGCGAGGGGACACGCCCCGCCUUCAGAGUUGGGCAGGUCGAUGCUGAAUUACUGGACGAGGAGCUGCUGGAGUUGCUGAAAGGACAAGUGGGGGAAGCUCUGAAAUACUUCGGGUCGCAUCUGCAAGAUGACUGGUCUGCUGAAGUUAUGCUUGCAUUGCGCGCAGUAUUAUUCAAGCUGACGGUUUGGGAUCACGAUGCUACCUAUGGCGCAGCGUUGCAGAAUCUCAAGUUCACAGAUGCUAGGAAUAAAGGGCCUGUGUUGAUAUCUCCCUCACGGUGGCAGAAGGCCUUAUACGGACUCUUCACAGUGGGUGGGAGAUAUGGAUGGACGAAGUGGGAAAACUGGCUGGUCGAUAACGACAAUGGUUACGAUCAACCAAGUCCUCUGUUCCGGAAGCUCUCACGAUUAUCCGAUUCUAUUUCCACGGUACAUUCCACGGCGGCAUUUGCAUCGUUUCUGGUGUUCCUAGUAAAUGGGAGAUAUCGAACAUUGCUGGACAGAAUAUUGCGAUUACGCCUUGCUCCUCCAACCAGCCAAGUCAGUCGCGAAGUGUCCUUCGAAUAUCUCAAUCGACAACUGGUCUGGCAUGCCUUCACGGAAUUUUUACUCUUCGUCCUCCCACUCGUAGGAAUCAGCAGAUGGAGGAGAUGGCUGGCACGAGCAUGGCGGAAAACAAAGUCAGUAAUGCAGAGCGGGGGUGAAGAGGAGGAGCUUGUCAAGGCGGGAGAGUUUGCGUUCCUUCCGGAACGGACUUGUGCCAUAUGUUAUCAAGAUCAAAAUACCACGUCGACUUCUGAGGCCGAGAUUAUUGCAGCAUCUGGGUCUUCAGGAGUGAUUGGCUCUGCCCAGACAGACAUCACGAAUCCUUACGAGACAAUACCAUGCGGCUGCAUCUAUUGUUUCGUUUGCUUGGCAGGGAGGUUGGAGGCAGAGGAGGGGCAAGGUUGGACUUGCCUCAGAUGUGGUGAAGAGGUGAAGGAGUGCAAACCUUGGAGUGGAGAUGUUUUGGAAGAAGCUACCAAGUCAACGACGUCUGCGAAGACAGUUGGUUUCUCUGAGCCAAAAGACAUGGAAGAAGUUGAGUCUCGUCCAGAGGAGGACGUGGGCGAGCCCAAAGCCCGGGAUCUACAACAGUCGAGAGAGAACGAUUCGUCGUCGGAUUCCUCGCAGUUGGGAGAUGCAGAAGCAUUUGAUGAAGAGGAGGACGGAAUAAUUGAAGAUGACGAUUGA